UUGUUUGUCUGAUAAUCAAGUGUCCAUUGUGGUAUCUCGUGCGAGGUCGCCUCAACCCCUCGUGGCAGGUCUACCCCAUUCAUGCUUAGCCAGGUGCUUCUUAGGUUGAACACAGGCGGACGGGCCUAAAUAGAACCUUUCCCUCACCUCUUCAUCCUUCUCGUCAAGUCACCAACCUUAGCCUGUAUGCUUGCUCUACUUCGACCAGGACCCUCAGCCUUUCACUUCGCUGGGAAGCCAUCGGAGACUGAGCCACGCCAGCCUACCGAGGGUUGGGACGCCGAGCGCUCGACGAUGGCGGCCUCGUCUCACAACUUAUACCCUCGUUCCCCCACACGAUCCUACGACUCUUCUUCAGUGUCUUCUGCAACUUCACCACGACCGCAGGUUCAUUACCUCAACAAUCUAAUGGGGCCAAACGUGAGGUCAAAUCCCAUCCACACGCCUCAACCCAUUGGGAUACCGCCCCUCCCACCGGCUGGCCAAUCCUCAUUCCAGCCGUUCACGCCAGUGACGGCAUCGUCAAUCAUGGGGCGGGAUUCUCUGGCCUCAGGCGAAUCGGUGGUAAGCACGCCGGGGCUCUCAAGUGCCCAGCUAUCGGCGAACGCUCAGGCGCAGAAGCGAGCAUAUCGACAACGUAGAAAGGACCCGAGCUGCGAUGCUUGUCGAGAGAGAAAGGUUAAGUGUGACGCCACUGAAACCAACAGCUGCUCCGAGUGCUCCAGCCGUAAUGUUAAAUGCCAGUUCACGAAAGAGACGAACCGGCGCAUGUCAUCCAUAAAGCAAGUGCAAGACCUGGAAAAGCAAAUGGAACGAGUUCGCAGGGAAAACAGCCACCUCAAGCGUAGCCUGGCGGAGCGAGCUGGUGGAGAGCACAUGAGCAUUGACGCCGAAGUUGAAGACCAAUUCUCGCUCCGCCUACCUGACCUGAAUUCUGAACCACGGAAGAAGAAGCGAGCGUCGACGAUGCACGAUAAUUCCCGAGCGAGGGCGAAUUUCCGCAACAUGUCGAAGGGCCUUGUGAAAGCAUCGGCGCCGUACCGUCCAUGGCCAGAGCCUGCCACCUUCGACCAAGCACAGCCGACGCUGCCAGCAAAGCUAACUACAGACAAGCUCCUCCACGCGUAUUACUCUGCGUUUCACGUCAUGAUGCCCAUAAUACACUGGCCGUCCUUCCAGCGGGACGUGGACAGAUUGUAUCAGAGCAAUGAUCUUCGCCAAGUUCCGACCCCGUGGUUAGCGAUGUUCUUUGCUGUUCUUGCGGUGGGAUGUCUCUUCAGCGCGGAUCCGGGCCCCGAUCGAACAUUGAAGGCCGGUGAAUUCAUGGAGGUGUCGAAGAACCUCAUGGAUUCGUGGGCAAACGACGACGUGCUGGAUGAUGUGCGGGGGUUCUUCCUGAUAGGGGUCGCCCUGUACGAAAUGAACCUAAAAUCCGCUGCAUGGAAAUGGCUAGGAAAAGCGGUGCGAUGUGCUCAGGACUUGGAAAUACACUUGGAGCUCGGGGCACGGACGAGAGUGGAGGCGGAUAUGCGGCGCAGGGUUUGGUGGGCGGUAUACGUCUUCGACAGAGUCUUAGCGCUCGACAUCGGUCGCCCGUUCAUGAUCGACGACAACGACUGCGAUGUCUCGCUGCCCGAGCCUUACGACGACCAUUUGCUGGAAUCGGAGGGGCUGGCACACAACACGACAACGCCUCCUCUAACCCAGUCCCUGCAUGCCAUAAUAAAUGUCGUGCGGUCGUUUACCGCCUUGAGGAAAGCGUUUGCCUUUUCGACAAUCGAGCGGCCUCGACUUGCCACUUUUGACAGCCACUUCACUGCUUGCCAGAGCCUGUUCCCCCCGAUAUUUGACCCGAACAACUUGGAAGUCAUUCCGCCCCAUGUCCUCAUGCCAAUACUCUAUCUCUUGAGCGCACGCCUGCAUCUACACCGACAUAAUCUCUCUCCAGUAUGCCCCUCAGAGGCCCGCAUCGAUGCUAUCGAGCAGUGCACAUCCACAGCGUAUGAGACGGCCCGUCUCAUGGAGCGUUCCAGCGCGAGUCUGGCGGAUUCAGCAACAACCUUGCUCGUCACGCACGUGUUCCGCUCGUCACUGUUUCUACUAUUGACUGGCUAUAGGGAUCACGCCAUAACUUGCCUCAGGGUUCUGAAAUCCGUCUACGAAAAGCGGGAUAUAACAGUGGCCUGCGGGCGUUAUAUAUCUUUUUUUGUCCAUACAUUGCGGUCCAAGCAACAAGAAGCCGCAGAGCGUAUCCUUCGCCCACCUACUGUCCCUGGCUACCCCCAGCAACACCACCCGGUCGACCCCAGAUUUGUCCAGGAGAGUUUGCUGAGGGACGAGGAACUGCUGGCCUGCGUCAGCGCAGAUAUGCAAGCCAGUGCCGAGACCGCGUGGGUCUGGGGAGGGAUGGAGAGAGACGCCCCUAUAACACCCCCUGCGACUGCUAGAGGGCUCGUGUCAAUCGAGAAACGCACAGGGUUGACUUCCGAUGAGCGGCAAGACUGGGGAGGCUGGGAUAGCCUGAUCGAACUCGUCAGAGGACUUGGACCGAUAUCAGCACCGAACACGACUCCAAGCUAUGGGCUGGCAACAGCACGCCCACACCCGCCGCAGACGCUACCACCGAUCGUCAUGGAGCCGUCAGCUGCUCCUCGGAAUGUUGUCACAAGUGCUGAUAGUACGCAAAACAGCCCGGCAACCGGCGGUGCUCUUCCGAGCGGUCGAAGUACCACUGAGAGAAUUAGCAUCGCAAACAUCAUUUGAAUCAUAUCGGAUUCCUAUACAUACACACAUCAUCUACCUCCCUGUAUUCUUCAUAUAUACAUAUAGAAUGACUUCCGACUACGCAUUAACUACUUCAACGAAGCCUCAUCUCUUAUUUCUUUCAUUUACGAAAUAAACGCCUGACGACGCAAAUGCGAAACGUUGGUUUUUUUCUCCCUCUCAUCAUCAUCAUCAUCAUCAUCAUCA